UGGUUGUCUGAGAGGCUCGCUGAUUGGGCUGGUGUAGCCCUGUCUUACUCUGUGGCCAAGCGUGAUUCAUAAUCCCGUCAUUGUCGACCGAACAUACACUAGCACCAGAAUAUUAUUGAUAGACGAGAAACAUCGUGCAACGAUCGCACGUAGCGUUGUGUGCCGAGGAGAGCCGAGUGUCAACGCGACUGGUGUGUUUCAUCCGCCUUACAUCAGUAAUACUGCGCUGGUACAAUUUGCCAGCCGAGUUGUCUUGCCUGAACAUACACAGCCACUGAGGAGGUUUUUUGCACACACACACACUGCCGCUAGAGUUCAGUAUAGUGAAUGUUACUCGGGGAAACGGAUAUAAAUUGUGUGCACUGUUACUUAGCUGACAUUGGUUUGUGUGGUAAUUACAUGCUUUAGCUGUUUUUGAGUAGUAACACCUUUGAAACGUCGAAAGCUGUGUGGUUAUAUGCGUGUGUUUAGUACAAUUACACAGGAGCUGGGACAUAAUAGCUUCAACGCUAUACAACCAUACAAUAACACACACUCGUGCAUAUAGGAGCAUCGUAGGACCGAAAAACUCCAUCAGUUUGUCUUUCCAUGAUGGUGAAACCCCUUUACUUCAUUAUAUCUGGACUAAUCAGUGACAGAGACCUCAGCGUUAAUUUGUGUCGGUUCUAUGGUAGUGCCCGGGGGUGGGGGCGGCUAGCCCACUAUUAGCACGGGCUUUCCCCGUGGUCUGCACGAGACGGUCACUUGCAUUGUCGCGUAAAGUACGACAAAUUCUUCCCACGAACAAUAUGCUAUGGAAAAAAGAUACUCAAGUUUUUGUUGUUGAAAUAGUCUAUUCUUUAGUCACAGCGCUAUUUUGAAUAUUCUGCCUGUGUAGGACUGUGGCCGUGUGAACUCGAGCCUGACGGGUCCUUUGUACGAACCUGUGAUUGAGAUCAGCUUUAAUACUAGGUACAAAGUGUACAGCCUGUCAGAGUCGCCAACUCGCUCCAUGGAUGUACUUAAACUGAAAGAAAACUUGUUCAGAAUUUAGAGUAAAUUGUGUAUGAUAUUAUUCGGAUGUAAUCGUGGAUUUAGGAAAUUAUCAUUACUCAAGAGGGCUAUACUCUCUACGAUUAGAUUAACUGGCCAGUAUGGAUAUUAGUGAAUGGAUUAUACUGACAAGCUCGCUGAUUACGAUAGCCACAGCAUCCUCCUGUGUAUUUCCGGUUGAAUGGCGGGGUCGUUGGAACCAAGACACGUAUGGGGAACUCGAAAUUACAGAUCGGCAAAUAUCUCGAAAAGGAACAUGUUCGAAGAAGGACGGAGACAAAUACCUUAUCGCAGACAGGUCCAGCAGCUGCUAUCGUUGUAUGGUGAUCACUAAAAGGGCGGAUAAUAUCUUACAGUAUAAAGAAAGUUUAUGCUUCGGGGGCAAUUCCAUCGAAUCCGUCUGUGAAAAAAUCAAUGGGGACGCCACACUGCACACAAUAGUUCGCGUGCCCAGUGUUCCGGUGCCAUGCCCAUUCCAGGGUUAUCACGAAUUCUCCUAUUCAAAUAGCACCACGACAAACAACCACUGCAAAUGGCCUGUCUCUCAAAUACACGCAUGCGCAGACGAUUCGAAAUUCAAAUUUAUCUACAAACAUUGUAAUGGCAUGUCAGAGACAUAUGACCGAGUGCUUGACUUCCAGUGCUUAGCCACGUGGGUUAACGGGGAAAAGUAUUUGUAUGGGAAGUUUACACAUCCCUACAAUCCAGACGUGCCCCAAUACCGCUGCUUUAUGCACAGUUUCUAUGGCGGUAACGGAGAUAUGUCUAUGACAGUUGACGGGACCUGUCAGGGACUACAGAGUCCUAGCGUCGGCUUCACCACAAUGAAGCUCCAGAGAGAUUUUGAAGGAACAAUAUGGCCAACACCACAAUGUCGGUUCCCCGAAUUUUUCCAUCGCCGGAAACACUGGCGAGAUAUGUCUGGUCGCUUUGUCAUAGAGGUUGACGAAGGACUCCAGAUCUUCCGAGUGAAGGACAAGUCAGUGACGUCACCAGAUAUGGUCGUUUACAGUGAGGGCAGCUACCGGUCGGAUAUGAAGAUGGUCGUACGAUGUAUUGAUAAUGUAGACAGUUCUCAUCGUCACGAACGGGAAUUCAUGGCACACGUGACCGACGACGCAUGUGUUUCCGGAUAUCGAUGUCUCCGAUUGGUCAAACGAGAACCUAAAGUACUAGAACUAUAUAUUAGUACCCAGCUCGGCAGCAGACACGAAGCUUGUAGCGAUUCCAGUUUUGACAAUGGCGAAAAGCAUGUGUUGAUACCUGCUGGUCUUGAAGCCACCAAUUGCCCUACGGAUGGAGAUUUCAGCUUCAUCGACAAAACUACAGACUGUACGGGUAGAUUUAAAAUAGGAUGCACAUCGAAAACAGGAAUGGUGGUGGAGAAAAAAUGUCCUUUCAACCGUCAGUCUGUUGAGUUCAUGGACUGUCUGUUAGACUUCAAGAAAGAUGGCACGCACUACGUCAUCGUUCAGAGGCCUAAAGAUAUUCACAAACGUGCAACGUGCUUGGCUUUCCGUGACACAGAAGGUGGGAUAGACGUUAAAGAGGACUCCGAGUGUGGUGCUAAGAGGAGCGUCGUCAGGAACAGUGCAAUACACUACGUACUCUUCAAACCGUCCAAUGAAUGUCCACGAGUAGUGACCUACACGCCAACUCCUACCGAAGUUUAUAGACCGAAUGAUGAUACAGGCAAUUCUGGCCAACCUGACCAAGAGAUCGAAACUAUGGACGACCAAGGUCUAAACAAAGAACACAGUGGCAAAAUCAUAUCUGAAGAUUCGGACAAGAGGCCGGUUGACCGCUCCAAUGGCGUGAUCAAUGCGGAAAAUGCCGGAGUCAGUCCACGAACUAAUGUUUCGCUUAUUUUCUGUGUGACCAUCGUGAUAUUGGCGUGUUUACUCCAGAGGUGAUAGCAGUAUUUCUCUGUGAGAGCGAGAGAGAAAGGGAGUGCUUGAGAGAGUGUAAGAAAAAUAGUGUGGAAGAGUGGCGAGAACCAAAAAAGGGACACAUGUUUGUACAUUACCGAGAAGUGCUCAACAAAUCAGAAGAUAACGAUAAUAUCUUCAAACCAUGAAAGGCGAUUGAGGGAACUAUGUACGUACGGCUAACAGGGUAACGUUAUGCUAAGGGACCCACAGACUAUUUUGUGUGCCCACAGAUACGAUCGUUUACAGCUCCAUUCUCUUGCCAAUUACAGGAUGGUCACGUGACACGGUGAAUAAUUUCUUUACAGAACGUGCGUGUCAAGGUCAUACUAUUCUUGUCAUUAUCACGUGUCCGUGUCAAGUUCGUGGAACAAUGUUCAGAUGUGACGGAAUACAGUAAUAAAGAUCACACGGAACGGCUCGGUCACAGGACUUUCUCAAAUGUCAUUUCGACAAGGUCUGAACUGUUUCACUGGCGAGACGACGACGAAUACAUAGUGGUUUCCAUGGAGCCGCCGCAAGUGAGCCAUGUGUGAGCAUCACUGUGUUCAAAACAUGCUAUUGUUUCGUUCCAUGUGUGUUUAUGUUUUCGGAUGCCAGCCUUAAUGAACGACGGUCGCAUAUCCGGUAUUUACAUGAUAUAAAGUGACUGUUACAAUAUCCACAUGCAUUGGAUUUUAAGACAUUCUGUUAUUCGACCGCGAGUAAAUGGUCAAGACAAUGUCGAAGGAUAUUUAAAAGUACGUUUUUAGUCAACACGAGACUACCUAAGGUUUAGCUCAUCAGUAACCAGAACGCAUGUGGAUACAUACACGUGACUGUAUACAAAUGAACAAUUACGCCGUUGAAUUAAGGGAUGAAUUCAAAGACAUUCCGAGUUUCCGAGCAUGGAAACUAUUUUAACGCCACCUUUUAAAGGGAGGUAAUCUUGCCUACAAUUUGUAGCUGCAAUAUUGUGAUAUGAUAUAACACUAUAUGAUUAUUAUGAUGUUAGUCCCUGUAAGAACUAAUGACUUAGCUUGUUAAGCGUUAAAUAUAUUGUAUUUUAUGUGUGGUGCUACAUGUGUUAGUUUGUGUGAUCUCAGAUCGUCCUAAAGGUUCCUAUUUCUCAAAAAUAAUUAAGUUCGGACUAAACGUCUUGUGCUAUUUGUUUAAUUAUGUUUCAAGGUUCUGUUUCUCAAACCUUUCAUCUAAAAUUUUCAGUUUUGUAGUAGUUCACUUAAUACGGUAAAAUAUUAAAUAGCAAUGACAAACCUGAGUUCGAACCUGAUCUUAUUUGUGAGAAAUUUGAACCAAGAGUAGUAUUUAAUCGUAAGUUUAAGUAAUAAUAAGGCACAUUUAUUAUUUGUAAUAUGGUAUUAUCUAUAAGGAGAAAGGAUAACGAUUUAAAUUUAAUUUGGAAAUGAAUUGAUUAAGAUCAUGGUUAUCAUGGCUUUAGUUUUUUACUGUUUAUUUCUUAUAUUAAGCACACACUUUUUUUCGUGGACGGACAUUUUUUCCAUAUUUAUUGGCGAGUAUAUUCUUGUUUUAUUCAGCGGGUAUGUCUUGCACUGUGUAUUAAUGUUCGCCCGAUACUUUAUUUCGAAAUUGAUGCUUAAUACAUAUUUGUACGAGAAAAAUAGAAGAAGCGAAAUAUACGUAAUAUACAGAACUCGGACUAAAUUGAAUCCAAAACAUUUUUUUCACAAAAAUAAAAUUGGUCAACUGUCAAAGUUGUAUUAGGUAAACAAUUUUUAGUUUUAGUUUAAACAUAUUUUAUUGCAAUAUAAUUACAAAAGGAUUGAACACAAGUUAUUGUAACUUAUAGGUUAACAAUCAUCGAUGUAGGUUAUAUAUUUUUUCGGUUAUACUGUUUUGGUAGAUAUCAAUACACUAAUUCGUGCUAAAAUGAAUAAUAACCUUCCCUCAUUAUAUAUAACUGUGGUUAAUAGGUUUUUCUGUUCGCUCUGAAAUGCAAAGUGUAAAGUUUGUCAUUUAUAUCAAUUUAAAUAUACAAAUAAGCGAAUUCGUAUCUAUCAAACCAGUUCUAAAUGGCUAAAUGACGAUAAAUAUGUUUUUCAGUUUAACAAGAAGUACACACUCACUCUAGGCAUACUAACAUAUUUUACUAGUUUUUUGUUUUGUUUUUGUGCCAAAGUUAUUUUGUAAAAUAUUCUAGAAACUCAAUUUUGUUUUACAUUGUUCCCGUUUGAUUCGCUAUAGAUAUAUGUGUUUUUUAAAUCCAAUGCGUUUCAGUGACCGAUUGAUUGUAUUCGUCACUCAUGAUGAGUAUACUGAGUUUCUAAAUAAUCUGAAGAACUCCUGCUAGUUUGGGGCUCAAUCCUGCUCCUGUAAGAAAUACUCGAUACCUUUAUUGAGAUUGAUAUGAUUUUGUGAUAAAACUAUUUUAUUCCAAAUAAGAGACUAAAACAACUUUCCUUUUCAUUUAAAAAAAUAUAUUGGGCCAACGAAUCAGCUCGAAUGCCUGGUAUUUUCUGUUUCUAUUAAUUUUCAUAUCGGACAAAUGUUGCCCUCAGUAAUCGCAUAUAUAAUUGCGCUGUUGCCUUCAAAGCUUUUAGUAUGAACAUUGAUAAGUGAAUUAGUGUUAUCAGUCAUUAUACAAUACACUUUAUAGUGAAAAACGCUUUUAUUUUAAUUGCGUCUGUAUUCAUUAACUCAUUCACCCCUUAAGACACAUUUGAACCCCUCUAAUCCAAAGUUUGGAAUAUUUCAUUAUGAAAUUUUAGGGGUGAAUGAGUUAAACCUGAAUUACUACUCAAAAUUGGUUUUUAUAUCUUGAUACUUUGUUUAUUUGGGUUUGAACUUCAGAGAUUUUGUUUCAUAUGUGUACAAUAGGAAAUAUUUUGUAACAAUGAAUCAUGUAAUGUUUCAUGUAAGUAGUUUAGUGUGGAUAAAAUUACCAUAAAUACAGACUAAAUACUACGUUACUUAUAAGCAUUCACGACGCAUGUGGAAUACUGCCCUGGACGGCUUCAGGUGGGGUCUGAUUACAUUUGCUUUUAUUUUCUUGAUACCUCUAUCAGACCUCUAUCUGUUUGUCCGACUGUUUGAAGGCAGUGUGAUAUAUACUUUUAUUAAGUCCUACGCAUGUACGUAAUGAAUCUACAUUUUUGUAUAUACACAUUCUCAAUAUAAAUAUAUAUACAGUGAAACUGAUUGGUGAAUUGUAUGUAAUUGACAGUUUGAAUGGAGUGUAUGACAGUAUAAAAAGCUGGUGUAAGUAACAAGAUCGUCAUGUGUUAAACAUAUUAUACUGGUGGAAUGCUAACUUAUAUUUCUUAAUUGUUCCGUUAGAACUUCUUUCUGUUUUCGUUCAAAAUGUCAGGUUUUCAAGCAUAAUCUAUGUGAGGCAAAACAGGGAUACAUUCUCUGUGAAGGUACAAUAACACGUAUUGUGUCAGUCUAGUUUUGCUGGUUUGUUAAUUUUGUCAAUAAUAAUUAUGAGCUAGCUUUAUAUGAUGCCGGUGAUAAGUUUAUUUGAUUGUGUUGUUCCCUCCUCUACUAUAUUGAUCACUUCAAUCAUAACACUGGUUUGCUUGCCAUAAGAUACUCAUCACUUAUAACUUUUAAUUGGUUUUUAAACACAUUCUCUGAAUAAUAAAUUAAAGUACUGGCCCUGAAUGUUUCAGUAACUGAUUAAAAGUUCUUCUUCACAGCAGAUUAUUUUAAUUCUGAAAGUUAAGAUACCAACAGCCCAAUUAAGUAAAUGUCUUUAAUAUUAGCUUUCAUUUAAUAUGCUUCGUUGUAUCUAUUUCAUUAAAUUUUAAAGGAUAUUAGUAGUUUGAAAUAUACUUAAAAGAGACAUGUGUCUCCUUUAGCUUUAAAUAAUACUUCAUUACAAUUGUUCCAUACGCUUGUAAGCAAUAUAACUUAUAUUUUAGAUAAUAACGUAUAACAGUGACAGUCGAAAGAGGAUCAUUUCAGUAGCAACUGUAUUUAUUUUUGCAGUGUUUAAUGACUUUUCAGUUUUUGUUUGAUAAAGUUUCAAAUACGCAUUUUCUUGUUUGAUUGAGGAUUUACUUCAAUAUUACCUAUAUUUAUUUUUGUGUUUAAGAGGAUUUCACAUUAUCUGUGGGAUAAGGUUUAAAAUACUUUUUUUAGUUGAUUUGCUUUUCACAGACAUUUUUCAGCCUGCUCAUUAGCGCUGUUCUUGUCUAGACGGUCUGAGGAUAGUUAUGACAAUUAGUGAAAUGCCACAGACUCUCAGUGUAACCUUCAAAUGACCUUUUGUCUUUGUGAUCAGUAGAACAUUUGGAUCUCGGGAGAGGUAGUGAGGUAAACUUAGUGACGGACAUAAUUCCUUGAUCCCUGGCAUAUGAUAAGGUAGCUAUAACAUCAUUUCUGUUUUAGAUUUGAAGUUAAUUUUGCCUUUUUAACUGCCAAGUACGAGUAUAACUUGACAUGAAAUUGGGUAGUGUUUAAUAAAACACAAAGAUUGUCUAGAGAAAACUUUCAUCUAUAAGAAUCCAUUCUGGCGAGCGUUAAAUUCAUAUUAAAAUUUCUUUCAUCCAACAUUUGUUACAGUUUCGGUUUUUUAAAUGUGGAUAUUAUAAGCAUUGUCAAUACCAUACAUAUGUUAACUGUGAACCAGUGCGAGGGGAAAAAGAGGAUGAAUGCUCGAAGGGUGAAUGUAGCUUGCAAGGAGAAAGAAACAAAUGUCUAGAGUGACUUUACCACGUCUUGCUGUGUACUAUGUAUGUAAUACAAUUGUGUGAAUGACAGUGUCAAGUAACACAAACACAAUAACAUUAUGUGGAGUAUCACUCGGUGGACAUCAUACCCUAGGUUUGUAAAUAAGAUUAAAUCUAUGUAUUAUAAAGACAAUUGUAUAAGUUGUCUGCCGAAAUUGAUGUGAAAAUAAAAAAACGAAUGAUUUUUACAACA